GACGGAGUGCUGGUCGCGGGCAUACGGGCGAAGUGAUGAGGACUGGGCAGUAUAUUUCUGAUAAAGAGCACUAACCUGGCGGAAUGAGGAGUGCUGUAUGGUUCGAAGCGAUGAAGAGCCGGUCGGGAAUGAAGUACUCUGAAGCGGAGGGAAAAGUGAGAAAUCAUCGGCUGACUUGAUCCUAGAGGGAAGGAGCAGGAGUGAAGACUUCGGAAGCGGUAUCCGUGGAGGACUAAUCCGGACAGAGCUGUGCAAUGUACUGCGGAUGCAGAGUGUGGACUCGGAUCGACCAGUACUAUAAAGGAGUACUACUUCCAAUGGGAAGUGCUGAUUCGUGGAGUGGAGGAGCCGGAGUGAAGAUCAAGUUCUGAAGUGGAGGGGACUGAUCCGGAGUGUGGAGAAGGAGUGAGAGGAGUACUUAACCUUAACGUUAUAUAAGUCGAACCCUGCAGCACAUCGGCCCGGGACCCCCGCUGUCAGCUGACCUGACAUGCGCAAUCAGACCAGGAAGUUGAUCAGCAUAAAGCACCUCCCUCCUUCGUACGUGUGGGCGAAAAACUCGCGAUUUCCGCGAAAUUCCAGCUCAAGUUUGAGAGAUCUCCGCAGUUACUGACGCUCCUACGUUGACAGAAGGUGUUUCACUACUGAUGGCGUCCCCCCGGGGUUGAGCUGAGAUGGACCCCAACAUGGAGGUGGAGGUGACCAGUGUGCAGGAGUGGCUGCAGGCCAUCCAGCUCGAGGUGUACGUCCAACUCUUCACCAACCAGGGCUACACGCAGCUCAGCGACUGCUGCAACCUCAACGACGACACCCUCCAUCAGAUUGGGAUCAACCGACCGGGUCACUGCCGCCGAAUCCUUAAACACUUGCCGAUCUCCUGCGAAGGUCACGUCAAGAUGCCUGCCGCCUCCCCGAUAGAGGCGAGCCCCCUAGGUUUGUUGUCGGGAAGCACAAGCAGCGUGGAUAGCGCUGUGGAUCAGCUUGUGCCGCCGAAACUUCCACCUAAGAUGAGGAAAGCUUCGAAUGAUAAGUCACCAUCACCCUCUCCAACGCCCGAAGAAGAGAAAAAGGUUGUUUCCCCACCAGUUUUCCCUCCGCAAGCCUCUCCCCCAAAUGCACCACAAGAUGGGCAGCUGCCAUCCAAACCUAAGCCUACUCCAAAACCGAGAAACCUUCCACCAAAGCCGGUUCAGAAUGAUGGUAAAUUGCUUCAACCCAACAGACCGAAGCCGACGCCAAAACCGCGUAACCUCCCUCGCCAGCAAAAAACCUUCCCAAGAACUCUAAGUGAAGGAGGAAAUGAUGAAGAUGCGACAAAGCUCAAGAAGUCUCUCCGUAGGGACGGUAUUAAGUCCAUGCAUGGCGAUCUUGAGGAAUCCCAAUUUGAAAACAGCCCAGCAGUGCAGGAUGACACAAUAAACAUUAACAGAGAUAAUGUUACAUCAGCCAGUAACAGCUUUAGUCAAUCCACAACAGACAGCGACAAAGGUAGACAUGAUGGUAGAAAGGAUGAACCUACAGCACGUGUAGUUCCACCAAAAACUGAGUUUCGGAUUAUUGGCAAUGGCGGGCAUCACAACCCGCAGUACGAUGAAGUAGCGCGCGAAAGCCACAUAGAUGUCUACAGCAAUGAUGAGCUACAAGGGAACGGUAGGCCUCCUGCCAUCCCAGAUAGGCCACCUGCUGUAGUUCCUCGCCAAGAAGGUGAUGGUGGUAAUGCUGGUCUCGAGCCAAAUGAAAUUGUUCCACCGCCCUUGCCAUUUCGCAACAAGCGGACACAAAAUGUCUAUGACGACGUUGCACCUGAUUUGACAAUAGUAACUCACGUUCCAGAUCCAUAUGAGGAGGUACAAAUUAACCAAGCUACGCAGACGGUACAAUUGCCGUCCUCACAACCUACAUCAUCAAAUGUAAGCAAGACGUGGCCACCGCCCCAUCCCCAACUUCCCGCCAAGAAGAAAAACACCCCUUCCAACGAGGAGCCAGAUGUGUAUGAGGAUAUUCAACUGUCUCGCAGAGGCAACAACAGCAACAGCAGAAUGAAAAUGGUGGCAUGUGAUGUGUAUGAAUCCAAGGAAGAAGUGCAAAAUCAAAUGUCGGCCAUGGCUGGGGAAGAUGUUUCGCCAUACGAAACAGUCACCUACGAUCAGAGUGAUAGCCUGUCAGAUAGUGGGGACGACAUUGAUGCUGGAGGGGCAUCGACUCCUUGGACCAUGCCACCGACAGAGGAUGAUGAUGAAGAAGAGUGCAAGAGCAUUCCUAUAUCGAGCGCAACGUCUUACAUGUUUUCAGGGUCAAACCGAGAGAUCCGUAAAAACGAGCGUUGCGGCUAUCUGGAAAAGCAAGGAGGGAAACAGAGUAAUAAGGGCUGGAAGAAACGCUGGGUGGUGUUUGAUGGGUCCGAGCUCAUCUACUUUGAGAGCAAAGAAAAGGCUCAAACCUCCUUGUCCAAGAGGAUUAUUCCUGCCUUUACAAUGACGGGUGUCACGUACCCCCCUAAGGGAGACACUGGCAAGCCUAACCGGUUCAAUCUGGAAACAAGGGCCAGAACGUACCAGUUUGCUGCUGCUACCAAUGAUGAGAUGAAUCUAUGGGCUAGCAGUCUCAUGCAGGCAAUAAUCGAGAUGGAGACCAAGAAGCCUGAAUACGCCUUCAAGAAUGGAGGGGAGAUGUGGGACUAUGAUAAGAAGGGUUGGCUAAAACUGGAAGGUACCAAGGGGAAAAGCAUCAUUGCCAUCAAGGGAGGUCGCCUGUGCUAUUACAAUACUACUGAGGAUUUUGAAGCAGCCAGUCCUAUCAGUAGAAUAGAGAUGAAGCUGGCAUCAGUAAAAGAACCACUGGCGAAGACACCAACCAAGUGGCAGCUGGCAACACCCUUCCAGUCCUACAUGUUCACUGCAGAAAGCAAGGAGGAGGCUAAUGAAUGGGUGGAGGCCAUGACAGAGGCAAUAGGAGAGGGACUGGCAGACUAUGCGGUCCUGCAUCAGGUGUGGGAAGACCCAUCCAACAAGUUCUGCGCUGACUGUGGAAGUCCAGACCCAGACUGGGCGACAGUGAACCUGGGAGUUGUGGUGUGUAAGCAGUGUUCAGGGAUCCACAGAGAGAUCGGCCCCCCCAUCUGUAAACACAGGUCUCUCAAGAUGGACCUCAGGGUCUGGACAGACCACCUUGUCAUGCUCCUCAAAGAAAUAGCCAACCACAAUGCCAACCACUAUCUACAGUAUAACCUACCGGAGAGUGAGAGAAUUGAAAAGGACUCCCCCAUGGACCUCAGAAGAGAGUUCAUCCUCAACAAGUACAGAAACAGGAAGUACAUCAAGCCUCACCAGUAUUACAUGAACCAGCAGAAACUUAACGAGGCCCUGUGCAAGGCGGUUGUUGAAGAGGGGAUCAUGGAGACCUACCACCUGGUCCUGUGUGGGGCUGAUGUUGAUUGUCAAACAGGGGACCCAGAGAAGCCACAGCCAUGCCAUCUAGCAGAAAGUGCCAACAGAGUGUUACAAAAGGAAUUUCUACAGCAAAAUGGAGCAUCAGAUUCCUCAGGAGAGAGCAAGACGAGCAUCUCCACAGUCUUCUCUAAUGCAGAGAACAGAGACCCCAUCCCUCAGCAGCCGGUGUCCAUGAAGGGCUGGUUACACAAAACUGGCCACACCUCCCGGAGCACCAUACACGCAUCUGUGGACGGACUGAUAGGCAGAGUAGGGGACUUCCAGAAGAGGUGGUGCACUCUUGAGGACAAUGUGCUGAGCUACUAUGCUGAUGACAAAGAUCUGAAAGCUAAGAACAUGAUUGAGACCAAAGACAUCCUUUGUCUGCAUUACUACAACCCUGAUGUGACCAUUAAGUCAGGCUCUUUCUCUCACAAGUCUAAACUGGACUUCCUUCAUAAACCAGAUGCGUCAGAUAAAGACAAUCAUAAGAAACGACAAUCACGGAAUCCGAUUAGACAAUCAGUUAGGAGGAGAUCUAGAAAGAGACCACCCCAGAAUACGGAGAUGGUUGACAUGGACAUGGACAGAUUUGUGAACUGUUUUGAGUUGUCUACAUUUGACAAGAAGUACAUGUUCUGUGCUGAUACUCCAGAAGACAGGGUCAGAUGGAUUCACAACAUUGCUAAGUGCUGUGCACCUCCAGGAGUUGUGGACAAGAUGGGAGAUUUUGACAGGGCGGGUUACCUGUACAUGAAGGACUCCACUAGCCUGAGUUGGGUUAGUAUUUGGUGCAACUUGAGAGGGAAAUGCCUCAACUACUGGAACAAGAGUUCCAGGGACAUUGAAACAGUUGAUCUGAGGAAACUGGUUACCUUGAGUCAGCACACAGAAACCCUUAAUGUGGACCUGACUGACAAGAGUUACUACAUGUCUGUAGUCGUGCAUGGCAGGCCUGCUUUGAGUCUGAAAGGAGAAGGGAAGAAAGACACUGAUGACUGGUAUGCUGCUAUUCAGAAAGCCAGCACAGAGGGUGGAACCAAUCUCCAGGAGCAGCAGUUAACAUCAGAGAACAUUCCAGUCAUCGUAGACAGAUGUCUGGAGUUUGUUACAACUCAUGGACUACAGGCAGAAGGCAUCUAUCGCCUCAAUGGGACCCAUUCUAAGAUCGAACAGCUACUCAGGGAUUUCAAUACAGAUGCGAGGUCUGUGAGGUUGAAAUUGGGAGAUCACUCUGUGCAUGAUGUGGCCAACUGUCUGAAGAGAUACUUCCGAAACUUGGAAGAUCCACUCCUGACUAAAGAACUGCACGACAAAUGGGUAGAAGUGGCUGGCUAUGACAAGAGAGAACAUGAAGCAAAGCUGAACUGGUUCAAGUACUACCUGGAACAGCUGCAGGGCCAACAUCCUAUCAACUAUGCCACUCUCAAGAAGAUGAUUGGUCAUCUCAAAAGUGUGUCUGAUUACUCCAAGUCCAACUUGAUGACAUCCACGAAUCUGUCAGCUGUCUUUGGUCCAACACUCAUGGCCAGUGAUAUGUCUACUGCACCAGGCUUUGGGGGAACCAACCAGGAGAUUGAGACCAUCGGAUACAUGAUAGACUACUAUGCCUGGCUGUUUGAUGUGAGUGACAGUGAGAUACAAAAGGAAAAGGAGAUCCAGAGACAGAUGAAGAUGUUAAUGGAGGCUCAGCAGAUGCAGACUCAGACUCAUGACAUCCUGAUGGAGGUGUACUUGGAGGACAAGACAGGGCAGAGAGUCAAUGUCAAGGUUUCCCCCGACUCCACGUCCGAGCAGUUGUGCAGUCAGAUCAUCUCACUGAAGGGUCUGCGCCCAGACAGGACGUGGGCGCUGUUUGAGGUGAUCGGAGAUGGAGACCUUCAGCGGAUGCUGCACUACGAGGAGAGAGUGUUCCCCGUGCUGGAGAGCUGGAAGGACCACAGCGGGUCAGCUGCCAACUAUCUGUGUAUGAAACACAACUUCAUUCUGGAGAAAAUGGAAGAGACUCCAGACAGUACAAAGACAACACAAACCUCUGCCAAGUCCAUCAACCAUCCCACACCCUGGUGCCAGCUGAAGUACUGUGAAGACAGGAGGAAGAUCAUCAACAAAUACUCCUUUGAAAAGUACUUCUUUGAAGUCAGUGGAGGAAGGCUCAGUUACUAUAAGGACACCAAGUCCCGAGAGAAGCCCAUAGCUGCGUGGCCAGUGGAAGGGUUCAAUAUCUAUGUGGGGGUGGAGAAGAAGAAGUCCCCUCCCACCAAGUUUGGCUUCACGGUGGUCCUGAAUGGAGAAACUCUCACCAGAACUGCAUGCUGUGAGAGUGAGGAGGAGAUGUUCAAAUGGGUCUGUCACAUUCUCAAGCUCAAGUACCCCCAGGGUCUGCAGCCCCCCACCCCCCUGGCUCCCAUGGCGCUGUAUGCGGCAGCACCGGGAUACUCACAGGAAGCCUUGAGCCAGUCUUACGGGACACAGAUCAACCCCUCCAGGACAGGCGGCAGGCACCCUCCCCCGUCUCCUGAUCUUCCACCCAACCCUACAAGGUCAAAGUCCAUAUUCAAGAAGAUUAGCUCCAGGAUUCCAUCAUUGGAUAAGAGUUGAAGACAAAGAGUCAUCACAACAUGUAGAGGAAGUUAGGGUGGGAGGGGGGCAUAUGUUGUAUGGUAACCUUGAUCUGACAAAAAUGUUACUGGCUCUCUGAUUGGUGCAGACCUUGUAACAUACACUUGACCCACAACUCCCACCCCCACCCCAAUAUAGAAUUCUAACUCUGAUUCUGUCAGAUUAUGGCAAAGUAAAUGUGCUUUGCUAUCUUGUUUUCAAUCUAACUGGGGGACUCUGAUAUAAAAUGACUUAUGAAUAUGAUGGUUUAUGUUGAUAUGAAUUCAAUGCUUAUUUUACAGGCCAUGUAAAGUUGUCAGAAAUUUUUUUAUGCAACUAAAGGCUUGACUUUCAAAAAAAUUCUAGCUGACUGCUUUAGCAAAGGAAUUCAAAUCUUGUAAUCAUUUCAUGCUGACAGAGUCAUAUUUCUUUCGGCAGAAUAAAAAAGCUGCAGCUAAUAACAGAAUAUGUUUUUAUGAAUUGAUGAUUUCUGUACGCUAUGUGCAUGCUGGUUUCAUGCCUUGUAUAUGUAUAGAACUUCUAUAAGCAAUAGUUGUUUCAGUAUUUGUCAUUUGAGCAUUUCAUGUUGUCCUACAGCAUUCAAUUUGUUGCUGUGCAUUCGUUACUUUGGAAACUAAAGUCAUUUUGAUUAUCAGAUGUUUUUAGAGUUUUAGACAAUCAGAUGCUUACUUUUCGAUAUUUAGCAAGUAAGCUUUUACAUACAACACUUUCAAUUCAAUUCUUAUGAAUGAAUUCAUUUUCAAUGAAAUAGCAAUAAACAUUACAUACAUGUUGUAGCAUUUGUAUACAAGUCACAAAACAUGACUACUGUAUACAUUGCUGCAGUAUGCUUGAGUUAUGCUAGGUGGUGCUUCAAACCCUUGACAAGCAGAAAGAAAGUAGUUGAUAAGGUCCAUUUAGCAAGAUGAUUCAUUGUCACAUUGUUUUUUCUAUCAAAUCUUUCAGUUGUAGUGUCUUCUAAGGCAAUUCCUUGUCAUUUGGGGUUCAUACAAAGCAAUAUUUUGAGUAAGCAACUAAGGCAAAUAAGAGACUUAAUUGUCUACUAAAUAAUGUUAUUUCUGUUUGAGAGCAGCUGGCUUCAUCAAGCAAUCAUAAGAUAACAUAGUUUGACUUAACAUUUGAUGUUAUCUCAGUAUGCAAAGACUUUCUUUCUUAGGUCAUGAUAGGUUGGUUAUAGACAUAGUCUUUACUAGUCGUAGUUCAGUAUGUUCUAAAUGAUAUUGAUGUAGCCCUGUGUAGUACAUAAUGCCAUGGCAGCAUACGAGAAAGUUCUUGCCAAUCUUUGAUACUACUUUAUCUUUUGAGCAUAGUCAGCAAAUUUCACCAAUUUUCCCUGUUAUUGAACACCUAGUGAAUUUGACCUAGAGGCUAUUCACCUCUGAACCAAAAUUAGGCAACACUGCCAUUGUAGAUCCUUGUACAUGAUUCUCCUUGUAUAAUAGACAGUACUAACAAUGUUAUAGCUAUCAGGCUAUGCCACCUGCAAUACUUUUAUGUGAGACAGAAACAAGAAUGGAUUUUGCCAAUGUCACAGCGGUGGAGUAAUAUACUGGUACAUUUUGAUCAGUUUUUGAUCUGUAGAAAUUAUAUGCGGUACAAACGUGUGAUGGGGAACCACAUGGCAUGUCUCAUGUCAACCCUCCUUCAUAGAAAUCUUAUGUAGAUAUGUUCCCUUCAUUGCCAGGUGCAAAAGUACAUCAGAUGGCAUUGCCUGGUAGCACUUACACUAUAGCAACCCUUACUGUAUAAAAACACAACAUUACUAUUGCAAACAGCAAGCAUUUCCCUCCAAGAGUUUGUGAGGAAAAUGAGGAAACAUUCAGGCUUAAUUGUACAUAGCUUGGACAAGCAAACAUUGGUGUAAGUCAUGAAUGCCUGUAGAAAUGGGAACUACAUAAUACAAUGACAAAACAAUGGCUCUUUGAGCAUCAAAAAUGACUCCAAGAUUAAAGUUUUGGUGUAUCCCUAUUUGGUGUAAGAAAGAGAGCAAGAGUCCUUAAUUAACAGCAUGAGACAUCUUCAAAUUUAAGGACAUUUCCGAUGCAGUCAGAACUUGGCAAGGUUGAUUAAUAGUGUGUCAGAUAUGAUCGUGAUAAAUGUCCAUAUUUGUUUGAAACUGAAGAUUGACUGGCGGAAGCAAUGGUCAGAAAGACAGUGCCAUGUUUGUAAGCUAUACUUCUCGCCAAAUAUGCUGAUAAACGCUUUGACGAUCAGAAAUAUGUCCUUAUACCGAAUUUUACAUUUCUUCAGGUGGAAAUUUGUUCAUAUUAUCUUGCUAAUCAAUCAAAUCAUUGUGCAAUGAUUGAAUUCUUUCUCUUACAGAAGUUUAAUGUAAAAAGCUCUUUAUUUUAGGAAAUGCAGACUUAUUCUAUGAUAAAAGGCGCUAUUAAAUGUGAACUUUAAAAUUAAUGAUUUAAUUUUUCAGAAUGUACGUAUGUCUUUGCUCUGAUAUCCUGGUAAAUGUUGGUUAUGAUGAUGUUUAGUUCCUUUUUGAUAGAGUUCAAUGGAUUUUAGCAAGUUUCAGUACAAUCUGUUUGGUACAUGUUGGAUGGAACAAGUGUAAGACAUGUAUACAUGUAUGUAUGGUUGCCAAGAUGGGACUUACUGACGUGCAAACUUGUACAGUCAGCUGUAAGUACUUUCUACAAGCUCAAUAUGCAGCAUUUAUAAAAAUAAAUGAUACCUUGUACA